UAGUUGACGUAAAGGUGAAUUCCUUUUCCAGUAGCCAUCUGUAUCUCAACAAUACUCUACUGAAAAAGAAUAUACAUGCAUAGUUAAGAGAAGAAUUUACUUGCCCAAGAGAACAUCUGGUAGUGAAAGAAGAAUUAUUUUCCCAAGAGAACUCCUGGUAGUGAAAGAAGAAUUACUUUCCCAAGAAAACUCCUGGUAGUGAAAGAAGAAUUACUUUCUCAAAGAGCAUGGGCUUAGGUCUACCACAAAUACCUGGCGGAUCUUAUACAAUGGAACCCAACUUUGACGACGUACAUCAAAACGCACCACAGAUAUCUAAGAACUCUCGAUGGCGGCAGGGUGUGUUCCAAACCUUGAGAAAGCAAAAGGGGAGAUGUAAUGGUUCUAAUCGGCUGGUUAAAAGUGCUCGUCGUUUCUUCAGAGCUGCCGGCCGUUUGCGAUCAAGGAUGACUGGCACGAAUGUUGCGGAAUUCUGUACCAAAAGAAACCCAAGUUUUGACAUGAACAAACGAACGUCUUGUGAUGUUAUUAGUCAAAAUGUUCAUAAAGAAGAAAACAACGGUACCGUGCUUAUUUCGGAUAUGAAGAAGGAACUCGGGGAGCAAGAGAAAUAUGUGCAACAACUCGAGAGUAAUCUAAGAGUGGUCAAAGAGAUGCUGGGCGAACGAGAAGAUACAAUCAAUCGUUUGACCAGUGAAGUUCACAAGCUCAGGUCCGUGCUCCAGGCAAAGUCCAAGUUUCAAGAGAAAAAACCGGACAUUUUGGUUACCCUUAACAAACAAAAUCCAUUAUUAGAGAGGAUGGGAUUUACUAAAAGACAGGGAGUAUCAGGAGAAAGCGCUAACAGCCGCUCUUUUUCUGAAUCUUCUAUACCAAGUUACACGAAAGACAUUCGUUCCAAACAGCUGAUCAAAGACGCAAUCAUGGAUAACGAUUUCUUGAAGAAUUUAGACUCUUCUCAAAUGCGAGAGAUAAUCAACUCCAUGUAUUCCAAGAGUUUUGAAGCAGGAGACUUUGUUAUCAAAGAGGGUGACGUUGGAAGCCAUCUGUACGUUUCUGCAGAUGGAGAGUUAGAAGUUAUCAAAGAUGACAGCGUUCUUGGUAGGAUGGGACCUGGAAAAGCCUUUGGAGAACUGGCUAUUCUUUACAACUGCAAAAGAACUGCAAGCGUUAGAGCUACCACUGAUGCCAAUGUUUGGAUGCUUGAUCGUCGUAUUUUUCAAGCUAUUAUGAUGAGAGCUGGAACCCAACGUCGACGAGAAAAUGUUAACUUCUUACGCAGUGUACCAUUACUCCAGAAUCUGGACGACGACACCUUAUCAAAGAUAUCUGAUGUUUUGGAGCUUGAGUUUUUUCCAGCUAAUGAACACGUAAUUCGUCAAGAUGAUAUAGGGUAUACAUUUUUCAUUCUCAUCAAGGGAAAGGUUAAGAUUACGCGGAGAAACGUGUUUCGUGGCGAAGAGCAAGAUCUACGGAUUCUUCAGAAAGGAGAUUAUUUUGGAGAACAAGCUCUUCUCAGGGCGGAAAGGCGUACAGCUAAUGUCAUAGCUCUAGAGCCAGGAGUGGAAUGUCUUGCGAUAGACAGAGAGUCAUUCAAUCAGUUCAUUGGUGACUUAAAGGAACUUCAGAACAAACACUACAAUGACGACCAGAAACGCAGAUCGUUGAGUCAGGAUUCCGGCAAUUUGUAUGAUUCGAAUGAAGACUUCACUGACGUAUGUUAUAACGAGCUUGAUUUCAUAGUUACGCUUGGCGUUGGUGGAUUUGGAAGAGUGGACCUGGUGCGUUGGAAAAGAGACAAAACCAAGGUUUUCGCCCUAAAGUAUUUACAAAAAUCUCACAUCGUCGAAACCCAACAACAAGAACACACGAUUAGUGAAAGGUCUAUCAUGAUGACCUGUCGACAUCAGUUCAUCUGUAGGCUGUACAAGACCUUCAAAGACAAUAAGUACGUGUAUCUUAUGAUGGAAGCCUGCCAGGGAGGUGAACUGUGGACAAUGCUUCGAAAUAGAGGGCGAUUUGACGAAGAAAGUGCCCGAUUCUACAUUGGCUGUGUCAUUGAGGCUCUCAGCUAUCUCCAUUCCAAGCAGAUCUUGUAUCGGGACUUGAAACCAGAAAAUGUGAUGUUGGAUAGUGCGGGGUAUAUAAAACUUGUUGACUUUGGAUUCUCAAAGUAUCUGAAAAAUGGACGGAAGACAUGGACCUUCUGCGGAACUCCAGAAUAUGUAGCACCUGAGAUAAUAUUAAACAAAGGUCAUGACAGAGCUGUGGAUUAUUGGUCUCUUGGAAUUCUCUUGUUCGAGCUUCUUACGUGCAAACCACCCUUCUAUUCUCCUGAUCCAAUGAAUACCUAUAACAUUAUUCUAAGAGGUUUACAUGUGAUCGAGUUUCCGCCAGUUAUUGGAAAACAUGCUGAGUCACUCAUCAAAAGCCUUUGUAAAGAAAAUCCAACAGAACGCCUUGGUUACCAGAAAGGUGGCUUUGGAAAUAUAAAGAAACACAAGUGGUUUCAGGGGUUUGACUGGGACGGCCUUCAAAUGCGGCAGUUACCUCCUCCAGUUGUCCCUGAGAUCAAUGGUCUAUUGGAUUCCAGCAAUUUCGACACUUAUCCUCGGAAUUUCGUAGUACCUCCUGAUGAAUUUUCUGGUUGGGACAGCAACUUCUAAGCGUUAAGACUUCUGAUGAAGUUAAAGCUUCAAAGAAUUCCUUUUGACUUGAAACAUUAAAUAACGUCAAUACUUUUAAGUUCUGGCGGGGAAAUUGAAUAAUUGUAUUUCUUCAGUAAAGAUAAUUUUACGCAUCAAAAUGUUGCGAGCUUAUUAUUGGUUUUAAGUUCUUGAUUUAUAAGUGAUGUUUUGAUGGCUUCCCUAAACAGUUUAAAUUACACUUCAUUCCAAUAAAUGACAUUUCAUAGUUUUGAAAUUUUUAGACAUGUAACAAUAAAAAUGGUAAAGCAGAUAGUUUUGUAAGCUGCAAAGGAAGGUGUUGUAUAAAUACUUUUGUAAAGAGGCGACAAGCACCUAAAAUGUUUACAAGGAAAUUAUAACAUUUGAAUCGCGUUCAAUGUGAUAUGUAGAAAUAGAAGUAAAACUGUACAGUUCAUAAAACUAUCUACUACUUUCUUCCGUAUUUUAACCUGUUCUAGUCUUUGGAAAUUUAUUGCUUCCAGUUUGAUGUGACGUACCUUAGAGCAGGUAUAUUGUGGUUGACAUAUUACUACUGCAUCAUUCUUUACUUUCACUCAUAAGUCCUUUUAAUAAAUGUCACAUAACGUC